AUGGCCUGUUCUCAUGCGUUUCUGGCUCACAGUUUCGUGCCUGCAGCUCGCGCGUUGCUUUUGCUUACUCUCCUGGCUGCAGCCGCCGACUCCAGGCCCGGUUGGAUGCCCGCGAGUGUCGCCACAAUGCGAGUCGCUGUUUGUCAGGCGAGGCAUGUUGCGUGGACUCGGUUCUGCUUCGGCAUGGACUUCCCUCGCCGUGUUGGGCGUCGCUCUCUUCUUGACGACGACUGGUGCCAACUGGGUUCGUGCCUUACGUGCCGACCUUCAGCUUGCAACACUGUGCUUCGAUUCUUGUUCUGGCAGGACUUCGAGAUGCGCGGCGAGGCUCGCCAUGGCGAUGGGUGGACGACUUGGGUUUUGACAGCACGAGGCUGGCCUCAUCGUCAAGCGUCGCGAUCUGCAUGUAUUGGCCUUGCAGGCGGCUCCACUACCACCCGUCUGCCACCGGCCAGUGGCGAUGGGCAACCGCGUCUGCGCGGCGCCCCCCGUCCGCCGUCGCCGCUGUCUUCGCACACGUCGAGGUCGACGACGAUGACACGGGCAACCACUUCCACCAACCCCGUGGACGGCUUCGCUGCCGACGACCGACAUGGCCCCACUCUCAGCACAUGGCCUGAGCAUACCUCGACAUGGACGACCACUUCUGUGGAGGGUUUGGCCACCGACGACCGACGUAGCGCUGCUCGCCGCACAAGGCCGAACGAGCGCUGCGCAGGGCAACCCGGUGUGCCAUGCACGUGGCACACCCAUGAAGCGGGUGCCGCCGCCAGAUUGCAGCGGGGCCAGCAACGCUGCCCCCUUUGCUGCCGAGCACACAUGCAAGCCCUGCACAGGACCACGAGAGGCCAGGGAGCUCUGACGGCGCGUUUUCGCCAGCUCUUGGCGCUCCGCUCCACCCGUGCCCUGGACCUUUGGACUUCCGUCGAAGCAUACUUGGGCGCUGAAGCCCGACAGCACUAUGAACGGAGGCUUGCUCCAACCACAUGCCCAGGACGACCCGGCGCUCCCUGCACAUGGCACACCCACCAGGCCGGUGCUGCAGCCGGACUGCAGCGAGGCCAGCAUCGCUGCCCCCUCUGCUGCCAAGCACACAUGCAAGCCUUACAUGGGACGACAAAGGGCAAGCACACUUUGGCGACACGCUUGAAGCAGCUCUUGGCACUCCGCUCCACCAGUGCCCCCGAUCUUUGGAGUCUCGUCGCAAAGCACUUGGGCGCUGAGGCCCGACAAUACUAUGAACGCCGGCUCGCACCUGCCACAUGCCCAGGGCGACCUGGAGCGCCCUGCACCUGGCACACCACCCAGGCCGGGGCUGCAGCUAAGGCCCUCCAGCCCCAACAUGCCGCCGACGUUUGGGCCUGUGUGGAGGCCAACCUCGGCCAAGAGGGCCGAGCCUACUACCAAGCUCGUACCAGAGCGCGGGAGCCACUGCCGGGACAGUGGGCAGAGGCCUUGCAGCGGCGACAUUCCGUCCAUCCGCUGCCCGAUGAGGAGGGGCGGCGCCUGUGGCGAGAACGCGCCCGGGCUGAUGCGCGCAAGCGCGACAAAAAGUUCGGCCUGGCCUUCUCUGCUGAACACUCCGGCCGCGCAUGGAUGAGUGCCAGGGCGCGGCAAUUCGAGUUCUGGUCGAUGCAUGCCUCCUGGUUCAUGUGCACCGAAUGCCAUCGCCUGGAACCGCGGCCCUUCCACCAGUCCAGUCAUGAGAAGAACGCACAGCUGCGCGCAGUUCAGAAGAAGUGCAAGCAUUGCGCCCACGGCAUCGGGUACCGAGCCCCGACCAUCACCGACAUCCCGGAGCCCCUGCGCGACCUGACAGCCGCCGCACUCUGGGCCCUGCGCCCUAUCGAGAUCGACGUGGGCGCUUACCAACGCGGCGAGUACGGUUACCGCAUUCACACCGACAUGACCCGACUGCGCUGGAGGCCCCAGAGCGUCCGGAAGCAGCUGGCCACGCUGCGAGGCGAGGAUCUACGCGUAGCCCAGCAGGCCUGGCGGUUCCUGCACUCGCGGCCACUGCCCUCCAUGCCGGAGACUUGGGCAGAGCACACACGGCUCUUUCGUCUUCAUCCUGGCUACUCGGCCUACCUGUCCUUCGUGGCGCAGCAUGAUCGCUUCUUGGACAUGGCUGGUCCACGGCUGGACAAGACCGCUCGGCGACUUCCAGUCCGUUUUCUGGAGACCCUUGGCUUGGAGACCGCCCUCUGGCCCCACCUCUACCCGGCCGUCGCCUUGUGUGAAACCUUCGUGCGGCUGGAGGAUGGGAGGCGCCUGGCACGUGAGCGAAGUGAUGUGCGGGCGGCGUACGCCCAGCGCCAGCGGGCCGGCCAGGCUGCGGGACGCCACGGGGCGCCGGCAGGGCUCCGAGCACGGGACGCUGGCGACGUCGGGGCGGAGCAGCACCACGGUGAUGAGGAGGAGGACGAGGAUUCCCACAUCGACUCGGACGCAGAGGACAAUGGCGUAGACGACGGGAACGAGGACCGGGAGGACGACGCAGAGUCGCCACUACACUUCUUGAAGGAGUCCGACCGGCAGUCCCUCAAGGCCAGUUUCCUAGCGAAGGUGACGUCGGCGGUCAUCGGCUACGCUUCCGACUACGAACUCGCGCAGUUCGUCUACGAUCUGUGGCUGUGGAGUGCCUUGGGCGGCGCGAAGCACGCCUCGGGCGUCCAGAUGCGCGUGGCGCUGGCCGGCAAGCAGUUCUCCCCCGAGUACUGGCGGACGCGCCACUUCGCUCUGCUGGACUUGCAGAAGCAACUCGGCUAUCCGACACUUUUCGUGACCAUUGCCCCGUACGAAUGGUCCAGCCCCUACCACGCCUUCCUCGAGGACGAGCUGCUGCGCACCUUCAAGACGCGCCUGCAUCUUCCCGGACCGGAGUCGUUUCACCUCGCCCACAUCCUCACACAGGCAGCCCUGGGUCUCGUCACCGGCUGGAACAAGCAGGGCCGGGGAGGCUGGGCGCGCCACGUGCUGGGCGACCAGGCGUCCGCCGGCCAGGGCUCGGCGCUGAAUCUGUUCGGUCGCAUCGAGUUCCAGGACGGCAAACGGAAGCGCGGGGCCCGCAACGAGCGUCUCGACUACCACGGCAGCGGCCGCCCCCAUGUCCACUUCCUGGUGUGGCUCCGGCAUCCACAGAGUUUGCCCUGGUCCCAGAUCGUCUGUGGCCACCUCCCCGCCGACAACGCGCCCCUGGAGCAGAUCGUCAGGAGCAGCCAGUUCUCUUGGACGGGUAGCGGCUGGCCUCGAAGGGACGCUUCCACUGCCUGGGACGAGACUGCGCAGCGCUGGAGCUGCACCACCCAGAAUCCGCGUGGGAGGAUGCGAGCGUACAUGCCCGAUGUCCUCGCCAGUCUGAAGUGCCACAUGGAUGUGCAAGCCUCCGACGGCCGCGGCAUGCUGCUCCGCUACGUCGCCGGCUACGUGCCCAAGUUCUCCGACUCGUUUCAGUCCAACUGGUUGGAUGACCUUUCGUCCGACUACGCCUUGGCCCGGCGGGUCCUCACCCAAUACCAGCCACUGGAACCGGAGAUGUGGCUGCAGCUCGGUGCCCACCUCUUCCGACAAUGCUUUGCCGGCGGGGGCCUGUCCCGUUUCGUCGUUCCGGUGCCCUGGCGAGACAUCCUCCCCGAGCGCGUCCAGCAGUACAUGGGCUCCACCUGGCGCCCCGACUCCAUGUGCCUGCUGGCCUACCUCCGCAAGACGAACAAGCAGGGCGGUAUACACCGUGAUUACAAGAAGAGUUUCGCCGCGCUGGCUGUCUCGGAGGGCCUCGGGCCGGAGGACUGGAUCCAUUGGCUCGCCGAUGCUCAUUACAGCGGCGCCGUCCUCGUGGCUGCGGUGAUGAAGUCCCGCUUCAAUGACGAGUACUACAAGCAAUGGUGCCUCCUGCACGUGCCCUUUCGCGAGCUGAAGGACCUUUGGCACGCGAAGCUGGAACUCUUGCCCCCUCAAUUUCAUGGCCGCCCACUCAGAGUCCGACAGAAAGCACAGUUCGCUGCACCUUUUCUCAUGUGUGUGGGUGUGUGA